AUGUAUAACUUCCGGGUCAAGUACAUCAAGGGGAAAAGCAACUGCGCCGCGGACGCUCUCUCGCGCUACCCAGCAUUAGCAAGCGCACCAGAGGACUCAGACGAGGCUGACGAUGAAGCAGUGUGCGCUGUCAUGGUCGCCGCGGCAGCAGACGCCUCUACGGACGAUGUGGGUCAUGUGGUAGACCUACGUCAUGUGGAGGAGGAGGCAGUCAGAGAUGAGGAAUAUCGGCUCCUCCAUGAGUGCGUGGCCAAUGAUGGUUGGGGUGAGCGGAAGGACGCCGAGCCGGCCGCGCUACGCCCGUACUUCAGAAUGCGGCGGCACUUGUCGUGUCAAGGCAGCAUUGUUCUAUAUACCAGCGAUGAGAGAUUCCCCCGCCUCGUCAUCCCAGCCGCCCUCAGACGCACCGUGCUCGCCAAUCUCCACGCCGGUCAUCAAGGCAGAGACUCAAUGCUUCGCAGAGCCAGGCAGUCUGUAUACUGGCCCGGCAUCGACGCAGAAGUGGAGCAAAACGACGCCAGUGCCAGGCUGGCUAGAAGUGGAACACCUGUCUGGGAAGCCACCAGCUCCCGCCUCAUCACGUUGUUCCGGCGGUGGUUCACACGCUUCGGCAUCCCUGAAGAGCUCUCAUGUGACGGGGGCACCAACCUCACUAGCCACGAGUCAAGAAGGUUCUUCGAGGACUGGCGCGUCACCCUACGAAUCUCAUCAUCCCACUACGCCCAAUCUAAUGGGCGUGCAGAAGCAGCUGUGAAGUCGGCCAAGAGGCUGCUAAGAGGCAACACAACUCGCGGGGGCUCCUUAGACACCGACAGCAUUGCCAGGGCGAUCCUCCAGUACCUGAACACACCCCUGCACGGCCUCGACGCAUCCCCAGCGCAGCUGCUGACAGGCAGACAGCUGCGAGACGCCAUACCCGUGGAGAGCUCCCGCUACUUCAUCAAUGAGCAGUGGGGCAGAACACUGCGCGAUCGGGAACGUGCCAUGAUCGACACGUCAGUCAACUCAUCCAUACGGCACGACCAGCACGCCCACAGCCUGACACCCUUAAGGCCCGGGCAGCGAGCACGCAUCCAAAACCCAUCCAGCGGGCGGUGGGAUCGGGUGGGAACCGUGCUCGAGCUGUCUGCACCCCGCCAGUAUCUUCUACGACUCGACGGUAGUGGGAGAGCGUCCAUACGGAAUAGACGUCAUCUUCGUCCUCUCAUCGGUGAACCACAGCUGUCGGAUGAUUUGACUACGUCCCAUACACCUGUGCGCGUCACCACACCACGGCCUCGUCGCACCCAGCGAGCACCAAGGCACCUUGAUGAUUAUGUCUUGAACUCUCCUGUUUAG